UGUGUGUGUGUGUGUGUGAGCGAAACAGCGGUGCACUGGAGACAACCUCCGAUAGGAGAGGGAGGGGGGGUGGAGGAGGAGUGAGAGAGAGAGAGCGAGAGAGUGAGGAGCAAUCCAGAGGAGGAGAGUGCAGUCCGGACAAGAGGAGAGGCAAAGAGCAGAGCGGUGAGGACCGGAGACGCUCAGAGAGGAGAGGACAGGGCUAGCGGCGGUCUGGAUGGGCCCAGCUAGACUCUCUGCCUGUAUGGAGCAUGGGGCAGGUUCUAGGCUUCUCCCAUUGCAAGGAGUUUGGUUCUUUGUCUUCCACGCCUGAUUCUACACCUCCCUGCACAGAUGGUGGGAACGAGGAGUCCGACUUCCCCGAGUUGCAGACAGCCCGCGACUGGUCCGACGACGAGGAGGGGCGCGGGGGUCCAGACGACGAGGACGAUGGCGGCGCCAGCAGCCCGUCGAUAUGGGGCACCCCGCGCCAGAGCUCCCUGGAGCUGACCUUCUCCUACUUCGCCCUGUCCGAGGCCGAGGCGUCCUCGCGGAGGGAGCACGGGGCACGCCGUCGCAGCAGGGGGGGGUCCAGGGGGGGUCGCGGCUCCUCCCUGACCCGCACGGACACGGCAGAGACCCUGCCGCCCCCCUUAGACUCACCGGCGGAACAGUGGGACCCACACUUCUUAUCGGGGGACGGGGAGGAGGAGCAGGAGGAGGAGCAGGAGGAGGAGAGGAGGAGGAGAGAGGAGAGAGAUGUUCUCAGAGAGCGGCUAUGUCUCGAACAGCUGGACAUCCACUCACGGACAAUGCAGCCGCUAGGCCGGGACAUCACGCAGGAAACCCAGGAUGUAAACACAGGAAGUGACGUCACAGAGACGGAAGAAAUCUCAGGCACACAGCAUGGACCCACAGACAGUCAAUCAGUGCUGCGAGUCCAGGAGCCUGCCCUGCCUGUUGCCAUGGAAACCUCACCGGCGCCACAUGUUGAGCAUGCUGACGAGGCGGUGCCGAGCGCGUCAUCCGCUCCCAUUGGUCGAUCCCCUCAGGAAGAGCUGGCUCGCGAUGGCCAAUCGGACGAAGGCUUGUUGUGUCUAUACAGAGCGGUGAUGGACCUGAUCUAUUGGAAGGAUAUGGAGCGGACGGGGAUGGUGCUGACGGGGGUCGUGGUGGCGCUGCUGUCCCUGUUCCAGUUGAGCAUCAUCACGGUCAUCUCCACCUUGUCCCUGGCCAUCAUGUGCUUCACCAUCUCUGUGCGCGUCUACUACCGUGUCCUGCAGGCCAUCCAGUGGGCAGACGGAACGCACCCCUUCCAAAAAUAUCUGGACCUGGACAUUACCCUGCAUGGAGAGGAGGCUGACCGCUACAUGCAGAAGGCCCUCAUGCUGGCCUUCUCUGCUCUCGACUCCCUCAAGAACCUCCUGUUCGUGGGCAGCCUCCUCGACUCUCUGAAGUUCCUGUUGCUGAUGUACCUGGUGACGUUCCUUGGAAACCUGUGCAAUGGCCUCACCCUGCUCAUCGUUGGAGUGAUUGCUGUGUUCUCUGUUCCUCUCUUCUACAGACAGCACCAGGACAAGGUGGAUGGCGUCAUUGGAGGACUGUAUGCCCGCGUCGAUAAUGUCAAAGACUUCUUCCACCGAUUGGCCCAGGGCGGCGGACCCCCUCCAGACCCCACACCCGGCGGCGCCAAGCCUAAAGCCAAGUGAGAAACUAACCGAAGAAGGA